AUGGGAGAAUUCGAAGAGUUAUCGGUUGAGGUUGAUGAGAGUGAGGACUCAAAGGAUACGGCAGCAAGUGUUGAGGCAGCAGUGAAGCAGAAAGAGGAGAUACUCGCCAUAGGGGCAGCAGAAGUGCGCAACCAUCGCCUGGAUUGGAACCUCACCGUCUACCAGCCUAUUGCUGGCAACUUCUACCCUGUCAGUCACUGCUCUCAGGUGACCGGGCGGCAUGCAUGGGUGGCGUGUUUUGGCUGCAGCUCACAGCAGGGGCAUUCAUCGCCGACAGCACCGCCCAGCUCUCGCUGCUGGUUGGUUUUUAAGCUCUCUGUGCAUCGUCUAUCCUCCCCUGCUUCCCCAUCCUCCCAUGCCCGCCCACAGCUCACAGCAGGGGCAUUCAUCGCCGACAGCACCGCCCAGCUCUCGCUGCUGGUGGACUGCCCACUGGGGGCCUGGCAGACGGGCAGAUCGAAGUCAUGCUGCACCGGUGAGCAUUGGGGGGACGUGGGCGUGGGCUGUGGUGUAGUCAGCAGGACUGACAGCACGUGGCUUGUGGUGAAGGCAGCAGGACUGACUGACAGCACCGUGGCUUGUGAGUUGACUCAAAGAGCCUUCCUGCUGGUGGACCAACCGGCCUCUGGGGCGGCCAGCCUGGCAGACGGGCAGAUAGAAGUCAUGCUGCACCCGUACAGUGCUGGUGGACCGGCCACUGGGGGCAGCGAGCCUGGAAGGCAGGCAGCUGGAAGUGAUGCUGCACCGGUGAGUGCUGAGGAGGCGUGGCUUGUGCCGAGGGGCAGCAGCAGGAGUGACGCCACGUUGGCUUGUGAGUCGACUCAAGAGCCUUGUGAGUCGACUCAAGAGCCUUGUGAGUCGACUCAAGAGCCUUGUGAGUCGACUCAAGAGCCUUGUGAGUCGACUCAAGAGCCUUCCCUGCUGGUGGACCGACCGACCACUGGUGGCGACGAGUCUGGCAGACGGGCAGAUCAAAGUCAUGCUGCACCGGUGAGCAUUGGGGAGGUGUGGGCGUGGGUUGGGGAGCCCAUAAUUUCAAACAGUGGGAAGGGCGUGUGGGGGAGGGUUGGGGGGCGCAUGAUCUCAGACGACGGCAAGGGCGUGGCGGAGGUGCUUGAUGAGAAGGUCUGCGACUCCCAUGACAGCUGCACUCCCCUUGCUGUGGUGGGAUUUAUUCGCUUUGCUCUGCAUCCCAGCGCUCCCAGUGACACUGACUGCUACGGCGGGGAUCCUGGCCAUGCAGGGGAUUCCGGUUCAGGUGCAGCUGCAGGCGCUUCCAGUAUUGAUGCACUCAAUAACGAGGACAGUGUAGUCAGAGGCUCAGAGGAGUGGUUGUCAGAGGAUUCUGUUGCAGUAAACGAUUCUGCCAGUAUAGUGGAUUCUGGUAAAGUAGCGGAUGCUGCCAGUAAUGGAGCAGUCAAUAGCGAGGACAGGGAGUGGGCUUCAGGAAAUCGUGGCGGUGCAGCAGGUGCUGCUGCGGACUCGGAAGAAAUCCAACCGCCGUCCGGCCGGCGAAAGCUGGGCAGCAAAGACAAGAGGCAUGAAAGGCUGGGCAGCAAAGGGAAACGUAAAAGGGGGAGGGAGGAGAAGGAGAGGGGCGAAGCGGCAGGGGGUGGAGUGAGGGAGGGUGGGGGGAAGGGGGGUGUGAGGGGCGAGGCGGCCAGGUGGAGGAAGGAGCACGCAGAGAGAAUGGUGUCACCACUGCAACUGGCGUUUGCACGUGAGCCUAGCCUCUGUUCAUCUCCCUUUGCUCUUCGCCUCACGAAAGCGCCCUGCCGCUCACCUACUGCCGUGCGCCUGCUGCCGCGCACCUGUUGCAGCACGCUUACGCGCCUACUGCGUGCCCUGCUGCCGCACACCGUGCUGCCAUGCGCCCUCCUGGCACGCGCCUGCGCACCCUGCUGCCAUGCGCCCUCCUGGCACGCGCCUGCGCACCCUGUUGCCAUGCGCCCUCCUGGCACGCGCCUCCGCACCCUGCUGCCAUGCGCCCUCCUGGCAUGCGCCUGCGCACCCUGCUGCCAUGCGCCCUCCUGGCACGCGCCUGCGCACCCUGCUGCCAUGCGCCCUCCUGGCACGCACCUCCGCACCCUGCUGCAUGCGCCCUCCUGGCAUACGCCUGCGCACCCUGCUGCCACGCGCCCUCCUGGCACGCGCCUGCGCACCCUGCUGCCACGCGCCCUCCUUAGUCCCCCCAUCUUUGAGGGGUGCCUUCCCCAGCUCCCUACCUCCAUUGCCUCUGCUGAUGUUGCUGAGCCUACUGCAACAACGGAGGUCGUAGUCGUCGCCCCCUCUAGUGAGUGGGGACAGCGCAAGGGUGGUCGUGGUCGUGGAGGAGGUGAAGGCGCUAGUACGUCAGGAGGUGUUGACGCUGGGAAUGCUGGUGCUGGGGGUUGCUGCCAUAGGAGGUGGUGGUGGCUCUGCAGCUAA